AUGGCGAUGAUGAUGGCUGGCCGUGUGCUGCUGGUGUGUGCCCUCUGCGUGCUGCGGUGCGUUGCCGGCGGUGUUUAUGCGAGGGACGUUGACACCAACGCACUGGGUGGCUGCAUGGCGUCGGGAGUGUUGGGUGAGAAUGGAUCCCACAUGCCUGACGGAUGUAAUAAAACUGCGAUUACGGUGCCUUUGCGGUCAGUACUGCCCAUUACUGCCGUUGAAGCCGCGGCUGAAGAAGAUAAUGCUGGUGGUACAAGGAACAAUUCGAAUUCAAGUGAGAAUCUCGAGUCUGGUGCUUCUACUGCUAGCUCUGCUGUUCCAGGGGCUCCUGCUGGUGGUGGAAGCAGUGGAACUUCUGCUGGAGGUCAGGGCACCGGUGGCGUUUCUUCUGGUUCAUCUGAAGGACCUUCCACUCCUGCUGCUCUUCCUGCUAGCAGCAGUGGUGGUACAGCGGGGUCCUCCGGCAAUAAUUCAUCUAACACAACAGGGGACUCUCCAACAGGAAAUCAGUCGUCUACUGCAGAGGCUCACAACUCCUCGCUACCCGAAAUACCGGCAGGGACGACAUCCGGCACCGGACACACACGACAAGAGGAAGAAGAGGAAGAAGAAAAUGAAAGGCAGCAGCAAAGUGAUGAAACACAAGUCCAACAACAAGAGCAUGAACACCCCGCGGAAAGUGGCGAAGAAUCCGCGAAAGAUAAAAACGCCCUUCGUACAAAUGCCACCGCAAAUACAGGCGACAGUGACGGCAGCACCGCGGUCUCCCACACCACCUCCCCCCUUUUGCCUCUUCUUGUUGUUGUGUGUGCGGCUGCUGCUGCGGUGGUGGCCGCGUGA